AUCAUAAAUAUGUCUAGUACAAGGUUUAAACUACUUAAACUUUGCAAAAGCAACCAACUACAUACAAUGUUAGCUAGCUCCUAGUUAACAUUGUAGUUAGCCAGUCAUAUCAACAAUAUGGACUUGAAUGAUUGCAACUGUGAAAAUGUGAAAAUCGUUGUUUUCUUGCCAAUUGAUGAAAAAGGGCUGGGCUACCCAUGGCUGUACUGCAAUGCCAGGGCAACCUGUGCUCCCAGUGAGCCAAGCCCCAUGCUGACAAGCUAGUUCCAAAAAUCAGUUUAAUAUUUGAGCGCCCUUGGGCGCAUAUCAAAUAUUAAGCUUGUUAGAACAGAUACUUUUUUUAAUUCCUGCCCUCUGAUGACACAGUAGGGUCUGGUAUAACAAUCAUGAUCAUUUAAGAUCUACGUGACAAUUUAAAGGGAGACAACUGCCCCUUUUGUGCAGAAGUCCUCCUUGACUACAACAUUUUACUUGACAUGAUAAUUUUUGCAAUUAUGCGAAAAGAGGGGGGCGACAGGAUAAUUUUUACAGACAAAUGGUUAAAAUACAGAAUUAUUGACAAUUAUACGAUUAACAGACAAUUCAAACAUUACCAUCUACUGAAAAUAUAACGCUAAUCGUUUAAUGGAAGUUACAGAGACUACAGGAGAGAAUUUCAGGCAGAGAUUGUUCCUUUUUUUGUUUACGAUAAUAUAAUAGAGCGUUAGACAGAUAAAAAAGGUUAAUUGAAUCACUAAAUCUUGAGUGAGAGCAUACCAUUUUGGUAGCUGCAGAGGACAUCGUUAUAAGCCCAUAUGGGGAAUUCUUUAGCAAAUAUGGAAGAAGAGGACAUGGUAAACUUAAUUCUGUUUCGAAUAGUGGCUUUUAUAGAAGAAACAACACCUAGAGGGUGGGGGGCUUUUUUUAAAGCGGCGAUCACAUUUGUGCAUCACAUAUGGAAUGCAGAGUGACUUUUAGUAGGCAAUGGCAGAGAGUUUUGGCAUUCUGGUUGAUGCCAUUCGGGAAUUCAAAGAAUAUGGCAAGGGAGGGGAGCACAGGAAAUGUGCCGAGCAGCUGUUCGAAAAUCGGCUGCAGGGACGCAAAGACUGCAACUGCAAUUGGGCAGUCUAUGAAGACAUGAUUAAUGUCUUUGAUUUGCUGACAUUGGUCACAAUUUUCGAGAAUAUUCAGAUCCCAGCUUUUUAAGUAACUUGCUGUUUUCAGGACCAGAUGAUAAAUUGUCCAUAAUACGUCAUCUUCAGGGCCUUGGGAAAGGCGGGAGAGAAUGUGCUCCCAUGGGAUUUGCCACUAUUGUGGCUUCGCGAGGGCAGUAUGCUAUGCCAGGGCCGGCAAAAUGCCGGAGUAGACCGAGUCGAGAAUGCUGCAGUAAAUAGUAUAUACACGUGUGCCCACGGCACUUAACGAUACAACAACACUUUUAAACAAAUUACAUAGAGCGAGAAGACGAGUGUAGUGAGGGGUUGGGGUUAAGGCAUGAGGAAGUAAAUUGGACCGAUUUUGCAUUUGGAAAGUAUUUGAAAAGUUGGAAACUGAUAUUGUAGCAAGCGAAAUAUACCCAAGGAGAGUCAUAGUUUGCAUCGAUAAUUGACUGGAGAAACUUGAGGUGAAGAGCAUUAGUUUUUAGGUGUAUAGCAACUACACCUUGACCACCUUUAUCUGCGGGUUGAAACAUUUUCUUCCUGCUGACUAGCUCAUUUUUGCCAGCCCAGAUAAAUUGAAAAAUAGCUCGAUUAACUUGUUUUUCUAUAGCCGAAGGGAGGUGGUAAAUUGUUCCUACAAAGACGAGGCCAGAAAGAGCAAUUGUAUUGACAAUGAGGGUUUUUCCUUUUAAUGAAAGGGACCGGUGUUUCCAGGCUUCAAGCCUGUUAGUCAAUUUUUUGACACGUUUUAUCCAAGAGCUCUCGAUGACUGUUUGAGUGCCAAAUUUUAGGCCUAGUAUUUCAAGGGCAUUUUAAGUCCAUUUUAGAGGGGAAGGCGGAGAGGCAGAAAAAAACAGAGGCUUGUUGAACCACUUUCAGCACGACUUGCCAAUAUCGUAGUUCAUUUGUUCUUUUGAGCCGGAGCCUAAUGCGUACAUUUUUAUGGCUUCUUGGACAGAAAAUUUUUUUUUUAGAAAUUGGGUGGUGUCAUCUGCGUACUGGGAAAUUUUAACUUCCCUUAGUAAACCACGAAGAUGGAGACCAUCGAUUUUUAGGUUUUGGCGGAUGAGGUUGCCCAAGGUUUCCACUACUAUGCAAUAUAGUAGAGGGGACAGUGGGCAGCCUUGCCUUACUCCACGCUUAAGCGUCACUUUUCUAGAAAGUUGGCCAUUGUUAUUAAUUUGGCACGAAACAUCUGUAGACAUGGUUUUUAUAAAACACAUGAAUUUUGGGCCGAAAUUCAUUCUCUGCAAGACUUUUAGAAGAAAGUUCCAGUUUACACGGUCAAAGACUUUUUCUUGGUCAAGCCUAAUCAAUGCAAGAGGAAGUUUCUUCUCCUGGCAAUAAUCUAUGGAAUCUCUUGCUAGCAUAAGAAUUUCAAAUAUCGACCUGCCUGGUACAGAGCAAGUUUGGUCAUUAUUUAGGACGGAUGGUAGUAUCAAUUGCAGUCUGUUUGCCAAGGCUUUUGAGCCUAUUUUGUAAUCUACAUUAAGUAAGGAAAUAGGUCUCCAAUUUUUUAGGAGUUCAAUAUCUCCCUUUUUGUACAAGAGGGAGAUUAUAGCUAAACGCAUGGAUUCAAUGAGGAGGCCUUUAUUAAAACAAAAAAUUAGUACUUCUACUAAGGCUUCCCCAAUUUCAUCCCAGAAGAAAUUAUAAAAUUCUGCUGGUAGGCCAUCAGAGCCAGAAGAUUUGUCUGAUUUCAUCUUAGUAGGAGCUUUGUGACAUUCGUCUGUGGAAAGUGGUUCCUCAAGUAACAAUUUAAAGUUUUCAGGGACAAAACGAUCAAUAGUAUUCAGGAGGAAAUUCUGUUUUUCAUUAUCAACGGGUUCAGGGGAAUAGAGGGACUCGUAGAAGUUAGCAAUGCAGCCAAGCAGGUCCCUACUAUCCUGUAUUACUCCACCAUCGGGUGUUUUUAACUUAGGAAUCACUUUUUUAGAUUGACCUGAAUUCUCAAGGCUGAAAAAAUAGCGCAAGGAUUUCUCAUUUGAUUGAUAUUCAAGGGCUUUUGCUCUGAUGCUUGCACCAUUAAUGUUGUUAAGAUCUAGUUCUUUGAUUCCUUUCCUAAUUAGGGGAAUUGUUUCUUUUUUGCUUUCAUUAGUUGAAAUUGACGCUUUUUAAAAUUUUUCUUCCAGGGCUGUGCGUUUUUCUCUUUUUUCUUUAGCUAAGUAAUUUGAAAAUUUUUUGCAACGGUUUCCUUUUUUUCUUUUUUCCUAUGUUCCACUAAAUGUGGAAUUUACCUUCAAAGUCUUUUUUGCAAGUGACCCAAAAUUUCAAGAAGUGCUUCAUAUUACAAGUAAACUCUUCAUUUUCAAGAAAGCUAGUAUUAAAUUUCCAGGUACCUCUGCCACAAGGUGGCGAGUUUGGUAAUUUGAAGGACAGAAAUGGGGCGUGAUGGUCCGGAAAGGGGAACACUGUUAUUUCACAGAGUUUGGUAUUGGCCAAAAUUUCAGAAGAAACAGAAUUUAUCUAGUCUAGAAGAAACUGUUGAAUUGGUCCAGGUAAAUUUGGGUGCAGAUUGGUGCAUUGAGCGAAGAGCAUCAGUAAGGUUAAAUGAUUUCAAAAGGUCGGUUAGAGCUUCUAGGGCAGUGGAACCUGCUUGGCCGUCACCACCUAGUUUGUCGAGAUACAGGUUAAAGAUACAAUUGAAAUUGCCUCAGAUGAUUGUUAGAACUCCCCCCCCCCUGAUGUGAGGAGGCAGCAUUUGAAAAAAUGGCAGUUCUUUCCCCUAUGGGGCAUGGGGCAGAGACAUUUAAAAGCUGAAUCUUGGAAUCUUCUGUGUCUAAAAUAAUGUUGACCCAACGACAACAAUUAUUAUCAGUAUUGUAGAACUUUUAGUAACAAUGCGUCUGAUUGGUUAGUCUUCGUUCUAGGUAAUUCCUAGGGUACCGGAGGGUCCCAAUGCUUUCAUUGGUCUACAUAGUCGUCCCCUACAUUUUCCGAGGCGCCAAUUGGCUGCAUUUGCAGCUGUUGUAAAUGCUACAAAUGUCCGUUACGCACUCGAAAUCUGGAUAUAACAUGUAGACGAAGCUAUGGCGGAUGGCAAAGAAGGAAGUAUAUGGAUAUCCUUUUACUUUGCGGAGAUGCGAAUUUUGACUGAAUUGUAUAGCAACUGAAUUGCCACUCGAAAUGGUCUAUGUAAGCACUGUGUUCGCUGUGAAAGUUGUUGGACUAGUUAAUGCGGAUGGCAAUGACGGGACAAUAUGAUUAGGCCUACCCACAUAUAAACAUAUAUUGGAUCAUCAUGUCCGAUAUGAAAAUUCAAAUUGUUGGACUAGUUUAAACUGCCUAUCAUUUCAAAGAUGAUCAAAUUCGAUGGUUAAAUCGUUAUAGGAGCAUUGUAUUGUGUUCGAUGUGGAAGACAUUUGAUUUGUUGGACUAGUUUAAAUAGCCUAUCAUUUCAAAGAUGAUCAAAUUCGAUGGUAAAAUGGUAGGUUCCAUCUUCCCUUGGUGUGUUGUCCCAACCAAACUUUUAUGUUUAUGUUCUGUCGGCCACCUUUUUUGACUGUGCUUUCCAUGACCUCAACAGAAUAUACUGAUUCUUUUGUAAACAGUUUGCCCCUCUUAUGUAGGUAUCAAGUCAAGCAGACGGUUACCUUACCUCUAACGCUGAAAAGUCUUCCUUAUCACUUAGCUUGACAUAAACUUGAUAAAUUUUUUAAGAAAACCAUACUGAAUACUAUCACAAAUAUUGUUAAUGAUGUUAAAAUUCCGCCUCUUCGUCUUGCCCAAACGUAUCUUAGAAAUCAUUUUGAUCAUAUGAAGUAUAAAUUUUCACAUAGGAGAUGCUCUGUCCUUGGUUAGUUUAUCUAUUGAAAGAACUGCACCUUCGAGAAAUUCCCUACAUAUAGGUUAGGAUUUGUAUAUCUUAUUGUAGUAACAUCUGUUUAUUUAAUUUAACUUGUUUUUUAGAUAAUUAAUAUGCCUUAUUGAACAUCUAUUGUAGAUUCUAUUUUAUUAUUUGAUGAUUUUGAACAAAUGAUCUAGCUCAUCUUUUUAAUGACGAUAGUAUUUGAAUUUAUGUUUGUAUCUACUAUUUUUCUCAGUAAACUAAGUCAUAGAUAUUCCUUAAAUAUGCUGUAAGAACUGUGCUUUAGUGUAAAGAACAGGAAGGCUCAAAUGUCACUGCCUUUAAUAUCACUGUUUUUGUCUCAACAUCGGUAAGAUUUAUAGGGGUCCAGUUGAAGGUUAAAAGAUCUUUCCAUAAUUUCCAUAAUUCCAUAAUUAUGGAUAUUUUAUCAUUAACAAGUGUAAUGGAGAUCAAAUAAUUGAUUGAGUUUAAAUUUCUUCCCCUUGCUGAAUAUUAUUUCUAUCCUUAGCUUUCAUAGAAAGUUCAAUUUGCUAUAAACAUCAUUUAUUCUAUCAUCAUCAAAUAAAGAAUAUAGCUAUUUUAAAAAACUUAGAUAUCAUCCCAAAGUAUGGUUCUAGAUAGCAAUUUAUACUGUGUAUUUUGGAAUUUUUCUCCCUUUCCCAUAUUCCUUUACAUUAAUUAAUAUAUUUAAUUGAGUUAUCUGUUUAAUAUUACCAUAGUUGAGCUACUUAUAUUUCGUUUAAGCAAAAAGUUUUAUAAAUAGAAACAAUUAUCUUUAAAUUGUGUAUUUUCUUGCCAUAAUUAUUAAGAUGGAUAUUUGUCUUUCAUUGUUGUUAUCCUCAAUGAGAUUUUUAUUUAAUUCAAAAAGCUCAAUCUACAUAUUGAGGUUCUGUAAAGUUUGAAACUGGGAAUGAAGUCAGGUUUAACUUUAAUAGUUGCUCAAAAGCUAUUUGUAUACCUAUAUGAGCUAUUUUCAUUUCCCUUUCACAUAUCGUGUAUAUCCAGCUACUUUUUCCUAACAGGAAUAAUCUAGAUGAGAGAAAAAUAAUAAGGAAAUUAGAUAUGAUUAAAUGAAUCAUGUUUUCAUCAAAAGCAUCCCCUAGACAAUUUCAUCCAUAUCUGAAACAUAUGUUAUAAAUUAUUUGUUAAGUUCAACUGGUUCUAAUUAUAUUUGUACUUGACAGCCAGAUUGUAUUUUCAUCAGACAUGUUAUAUUCACCUGUUACAGUCAGGCAAAAAAAACAAUGCCAACAUGAGUUAUACUGGAAAUGUGUAAGGGGUGGAAUACAAUCUCACCACCAGGGGAUUUCACAAAAUAUAAACUAAUAUAACUAAUAAACUAAUAAAAUAUAAAAUGUAAAUUCAACAAGUUGUGAAACUAUCACAAUAGCAAAUAUACAAACAGCUUGAGUAUACAAUAUAUUUUCCAAACAGAACCCAUCACCUCUUUACUUUUACUUUUGGGUAAUGGAAGAAGAUCAGCUCUAACAAGAAGAUCACCACCAGUGGGAUGGGAUCCUGUUAUCACUGACAAAUGAAUAUUGUUCGCUCCCAUAUUGUGUGAAAAACCUAAAAUGUGUUGAAAUUGGUAUUGAUAUGUACCAACACCAUCAUAAACCUACUAUAACCGUUAGGUUCAACAAAAAUUGGAUAGAUCACAUCGAUAGUUAGUUAUCUUGGCAUUGGUGGUAUAAUGUGCUGCAUUUAUUUGUACUUUGUACACUCAUUUUUAUAAGAAAGUCUUAACAUUCUAAGGGGUCUGGCCAGUGGAGGCAAAGGGAAACGAAAAAGCUCUAUUGCAAAAAUGCUCUACUGGACGGCAAUGCCCCCCCCAAACUAUCGAUGUCUUUAUUGUUUACAAAUACUUAUGAAAUUUCUGCCAAGAGAUUCCCUUCCGUUCUAAUGCUGUACUUAGAUGGGGAUAGCUUAUUUUUAUUCUCUUUCUCUCAAUUUUUAUGCCAACCAGUUCAUUAAAUGGUUGGAUUUUCACGAAACUCUGUAGUUUUUGUUCUUUUAAAAAUUAAAUGUUUUUUUAACCUUUCCAACUGCCCAGUGCUCGUUUUUUAAAAGCAAAUUUCCUAAAAAAUGAUUGUUGUGAUGUACAUAAGUUAUAAUCCAUUCUUGUUUAAGUUUCUAAGAUCUAAAAAGAGGGUGUAAAGGGUAAAUUACAUCUAGAUUAAUGAAAAUUGAAUCGAUCAAACAGAACAAAAUAGAUGAAAAAGUAGAUGAAAAUGUCUGCAAGAAAUAUUCUGAAAUUCUAUUGUAAUGAAAAUUUUCUCGUCUAGUAAGGGGCGUCUUAUUUCUCGUCACUUUUAAGUUCUGCCCAGGACCUCCGUAACCUUUCAGCGACCUAAAUGAUUCUACUUAGAAACCAAAUUCAAGGACCUUGACGUGAUUAGAAAUAUGGCUCUUGUUACACUAAUUUUUCAGGGCUUGACCCCCUCCCCCCAAACAAAAAGCUGUAUCUUGGCCUUUGUUGGAAAGUAGGAGGCUAAGCGCAAAUCGAAAACCCAUGCCAGAAGAUUUUGCAACAUUUUGCUCUAUUGCUUUACAAAAAUAGUUUAUAGGGGGGCGUACAUGGGCCCCUCUCUUAUGAGCCUUUUAGAAUAUUGUAAUGUGUCAAUAGCUGGCAAAUCUGAUUUCCGUGUAUUGUUUUAUACAGUUUUCAGCUUGAAACUUUCAUUCCUCGAUUGCACUGUAUCAACCAAGGAUCGCUUACGCUAAUGAACUUUCUUUAAAUGUCUACAUUGUAAUAACCCACAAAACGAUGGUAUGGGCAUUGCCAUGCUUGCAGACUGGAAUACCCUACAAGGCAUAAGCCAAAAUUUUGCGACUGUGGCCAACAUCUUGGGGGGAGUUAUGAGAAAGACCAGAAACGGGCCAAAAAAGGAUCAGGGUACAAUGCAGUAAAAAUUUACGAGACAAUGGAUGAACCAAAGCAAACUAUCUAUUCAGCACAGACAAGCAAUAGAGACACAAGGCAAUUUGUCAUUGAUUGUGUAGAUCCAAAGCAGAGGCUUUGCUACCAGGUAAAGCGCAAGAGAUUACGGGCAACUUAUGUCAUAAGUGGUAAAAUGGAAGACUUUUCUUGCGACCACCUGAAAGCACCUAAAAUCGAGCCGUUGUACUGUAGUAGUUUCUCGGAUGAAGACAUAAAAAAUUUUACUCCAGAUGUGGAUAUCCAAACAUGUAUGAAACGGAUUCAAGAGGAAGGAUGGCCAACAGUUGUCAAGGUGUUUGAAAAAAGUUUUGCUGUUAAAGGUGAGGUAUCGGCAAGCAACCCAAUUGGUUACCCUCAUGUGAUGUGCCUUAACACUGGUGAAAAGCAAACACUUAAGUGCAUGUCCACCAGCUGCAGCAAAAAGCAAGGACAAACAAAACAGGUGAGGAGGUGCAGGAUUUGUCUACACAUACACUCAGCACUUUUGGCGAUGAAAAAGAAUGGAGGCAACAGCAUGUCCAACACACCAGAAAUCAUGGAACAAAGCGAUGAUAUCAACUUUGAGGGAGCAGAGCCUUCUGACAAAAAGCUGUGGGGACAAUAUCUCGAAAACUGCAGUUCUGACCGAUCCGCAACCUUGCAGCUCCAUAUGGCCCUAGAAAUCACGUACAUCAUUCCAGUAGACAUAAUUAACAAAGCAGACGAAAUAAUUUAUGACAAACUUUCGUUGGUUACUUUUGAGCCUUUGCAUAGCACCUGCUUUCGUUGCAACUCUGCUCUCUCCAAAUCUCUUUAUCAGCAAGGAAGUAAUUCUUCGCUUGGCAACGGGUAUUUAUUAACAAACCACCAUUCCCUUCAGAAAUGUGCCAUCAAAAUAAAGAAAUGCACUAAUCCGUCAUGUGGAGCUACAAACCACUUAUUUCCGUAUCAGCUCGGCUUAUUCAACAUUCACAGCAAGAUUCUUGUUUCCCUUGCCAUUUUACUGGAAUGGAGAGAACAGAUGAAAGAGGGUUUUCCUAUAACAAACAUCAUUGAAGCCAAGCUAAGAGCUUUGUUGCUUAAACUGGAACAGGUAUUUUUAGAUUUCAUUUAUCAAAAUUCAACAGUUAUAAUCUUUUACAAUGUUAUCUUUGAAAAGAUUAUUGAAGCUCCUUUAAAGAUAAGUAGGAGUAGACUUUAUCGUAAUCAUGCAAUCUACAACUUUGGCAAAACUGACUUUGGCAAAAAUUUGAGACCACACCUUAAUGAUAUUCCAGGAAAAAUGGCAUAUGGCAUAAUUUCUGCGCUAAACAAUUCAAUGUCCUAUAGAACGAAAAGAGAUUUCAAUUCUGUCAUUUGUGGUGUAUGUGAGAUAAUUGGCGACUGCUAUCUUGGUGACGGUAAUGAAAAGAAUUGCUGUACGCUUGAUGAAGUAACAUUGCAAGCAAAGAAAGCUGCACCUAAAAAAGAGCAAUACGAGGAGGGUGAGAACAAGCUGGAAGGAAUGCUUGAUAAAAUCAAAUUGCACAUACUGGAAAAAUGUGCUUAUUCUAAAGCAAGACUUCGUUUUAAAAUUGAUAUGGCAGAUAUUCCUCCAGUGAUUCCAUCUAUGCAGAGGAAAUUCGAUUCCUUUUUUCUUAUCAAUUGUAAUUUUCAAUUAUUUAUUGUGCUAGGUGUUGCAAUGCUACUAGCGAAAUAUGUGAAAGAGAGUGGUAUUGGAAUUUCGGAAAUUGAAAAAUUGAGGCCAGAAAAUUUUCUUUCUAUGGCAAAGUAUUGCAAAAUAAGUACAAACAGCAAGUCAAAUGCCAUGCUGAAAUUUGAACUGCAGCAACUUUACGCCACUAUUCUAGUCGGGAAUUCUCCUUGCCAUGGCGUUACAAAAACUCCUGGAAAUUCUGGUGGAUUUUAUUACUUUGUUUGUCGUCAUGGUAUGACAGUGGCCUCAAAGUUCAUGAUGCUGACAGAGUCAGUAAGAGACACGGUAGACCUGUAUCUUUCUCUUAAAUAUCAGCCCGUUACAUUUGUUUGCGAUUCUCCAUGCACCAUGGUUAGGCAUUUGAACAACAGUGCACCCGCCUUUGCUGAAAAACUGUGGGGAAAAUUUGACGGAUGUUUCGAAAUACCUGAUGAAACUAAAGAUCCAAAUAAAGGCAUCAAUGUUCCAGAUAUCGUGCCGAUUGAGCACAGACAACCCCAAACCGCAUUCGCUCGUUCCUAUGAGAUUCGAGAGUAUGACCAUCCGUUGACAAACAGCAGUAGAAGAUAUGUUGUUGGAGAUAGGUUUCACUCCACUGUCCAUCCACAUAAAUCUCAUCUAUGCUUGUAUCACAAUAUUGACAACAGUGAACAAGCAUUUUCCCUAGCAACUAGCUACCAAGAAUCGGCGAAUAAUACGAAAAACAGAAAACGUUUAAGAUCGGCUUGCAUGCAGAGCUUCCAUAUGCAUUAUUUCUACAAUGUCCUCAUGGAAUUCUAUCAAAAUGAGAAAGUUGUGGAAAAGCAUUAUAGAUUUGUUUUCGAAAGAUGAAUUAGGAAAUUGUUA